AUGUUGUCUCAGAAGAUGUUGCAAAAGGUUUUGAUGGCCAUGAUGGCCAGCUGCUGCUUGGUUGCUGCUCAGACUACCACUGAGCAGUACCCUUCUGCCGCAGAGAUUGCCGCUGCUCAGGCUUCCGUCAUUCCUUUCUCUCCCGUCUCGAACGUGCACGGAAAGGUCUUUAACCGAUUCAUUGAUAUCUGGUUGGAGAACACUGACUUGGCCUCCGCUGAGAUUGAGCCUCAUCUUGACGAGUUGAAGAAGAAUGGUAUCUUCUUGAACAACUACUGGGCCGUUACUCACCCAUCCGAGCCCAACUACAUCGCCGCUGCCGGCGGUGACCACUUCGGAAUGGACAACGACAACUUUUGGCAGAUUCCUAACAAUGUCGCUACCAUUGCCGACCUUUUCGAUACCCGCAAGAUCUCCUGGGGCGAGUACCAGGAAGGUCUUCCAUACGCCGGCUACCAGGGUUUCCGCUACCCUGAAUCUGGUCCCAACAACUACGUGCGCAAGCACAACCCCCUCGUCAUCUUCAACUCUGUGACCGAUGACGCUACUCGUCUCCGUCAGAUCAAGAACUUCACCAGCUUCUACGAUGAUCUUGACAACGAGAGUCUCCCCCAAUACUCUUUCAUCACUCCCAACAUGACCAAUGACGGCCACGACACCAACGUCGCUUUCAGCGGUACCUGGUCUUACAACUUCCUCGCUGACCUUCUCAAGAACGAGUACUUCAUGAAGGACACCCUUGUCAUGCUCACCUUCGAUGAAGGUGGCAACUACACCCACCCCAACUCCGUCUACACCCUCUUGGUUGGUGGCGCCAUCCCCGACCAUCUCAAGGGUACCACCGACAGCACUUUCUACACCCAUUACUCCGUUAUCGCCUCUCUCUCCGCCAACUGGGAGCUCCCCUCUCUCGGUCGCUGGGACUGCGGCGCCAACUUGUUGUCCCUCGUUGCUGACAAGGUCAACUAUAUCAACUACGACGUUGACAUGACCAACCGCAACUUGAACACCUCUUACCCCGGCCCCUUGUCCACUAAGAAGUACUCUAGUGCCUGGCCCGUUCCCUUGACUAAGGGUGUUCGAUGCUCCGGUGCCAGCAAUGUUCUUCACAGCGUUCAGCAGACCUACCACGGAAUGGAGCCUACUUACAAUUACACCAGCCCCGUUCCUUACGAUGCUGCCAGCGGAAUUGCCGUUGGUAUCAAGUAUAGCCGCAAAGGACACAACGGCAAGACUGAGUACUUCCAGACUGCUUAA